AUGCGUAUAGUGCAAGGACCGGUUCCCGGGCACUCGAACUCGCCUGGAGAAAAUGAGCGUGCCCUCGAAAAUUGCAUGCCAGCUGCCCGGGAGGGUCCGACCCAGACCGAUCCUGAUCUCGAGGAAGGACCAUCCUCGCGCAAGGGCAAGACCAUUGACCCCCGUGAAUGGGGCGGUAGUGGAAUCCCGCCAGAAGAGCUGGAUCCCGAGGCUCAGAUCCGGGAGUACGAGAUGUACUCCGGCGGGCGGGCAUCAGGAGUGCCUGCUGAAGUCCUCCGCGAAGAAGGCAUGAGCCUGGAGGAACAGCGCGAAAUGCUCGAAUACUGGCAUGCCUGUAAGGUAGCCCGGGGAGGACGUGCUCCUUCGACAGCAUGGGCCUCUCCCGCGGCAAGUAUCCGCCAGCCUCGGUCGCGAUAUGAUCUGUCCUCAGAUCCAGGACGGCAUGCCCCCGUAGCCAAUGACUCGGGUUUGUGGGGCGACCGCCCCCCCGCUGACAUUCUUCGCGAGAAGGAGCUGCUUCACGCUCGGCUCACUAUGCUGGAACAAGCUAUCGCGUCUCAGCAGAGUGCCAAUCAACUGCGCCCUGCAGCUGCUAAGAAAAAGCAUGCAGAGGGCCGGAAGGGAAAAAUACCCAAGGCGUACUCGAUUAUGAGGCCGGUGGCUCAAAUUGAGCCUGGUAGCUACCUCGGAGCGGCGUUUGAGCACAUGGGGUUGGGUUCAGAUGGUGGGCCUCCCAAUGGCUCAUCAAGUUCUUCGUCCUCAGAACCUGACUCUAUGAGCUCAGACACUGCCUCCGAUGAUGACAUCACCCCGCGUGGGCGACGGUCGCGCCCGCGACGAGCUGACGGCGAGGAUGAUAGUGAUCAUCCGCGGGUGAGAUCUUCUACGAAGAAAAAGCGAGUACCCGUACUCAAAUCUAAGGAGCCGGUGGCAUAUGAUGGCUCCGCUGAUAUUCAGACAUUUUACAAAUUUAUGCGUGAAAUGAUUGAGUACCUCGACGGUUAUAAUUUAGGCCCGUCGCAGCAUGCAACAAAUGUUGCGCACUUCCUCACGAAGACAGCAUACAAAUUCUAUGUCACUACUGUUUCGAAGAGACCGAAAGAAUGGUCCGCUAAGAAAAUAUUCAAGGGACUAUUUAACUACUGCUUCCCCGUGGAUUUCCGCGUCCAAAUGCGCGAGCAACUCCGGCACAGCCAGGGUGAACGGAGUGUGCGUGACUAUAUUCAUGACCUCGAGAACAUGUUCAAAAUGGUCGGCACUGCCAACGAGCGGGAACAGGUUGAUAAGCUGUGGUUCGGUCUCAAUGCCCACAUUCAGAAGGGAUUGUGGCACCACAUGCUGUCUCCGAUGCACUCCUCUUGGGAGGAGGUUGUUGAGGCUGCUGAAGUGGUUGAGAUCGCUGAAAACGCUGGCAACACGGCCAUGCGGCGUGGUGCUAAACCUGAGAAGGCAGCCCAGCCAACCAUCAUCAUGAUCGUGCGAAUACAAAGUCCGGCCAGUCGGCCCCGUAUGUCGGACAAAGAGAAAGCGGACCUCACCGCCGCAGGGAAAUGUUUCCUGUGCAAGGAGUCCGGACACUUUGCUCGCCAGUGCCCAAAUGCUGCCCGUGUCAAAUCCAACCAGCGAGGGAAGCCUCCCAGCAUAGCGGCUUACCAUGUCACGCCAGACUUCCACGCUGCGGAACAACUGCAUGAGCUCGCGCAGUCCACUGCGGGCGGCGUUGAUCUCCAUGCGUGCCAGGCUUGUUCAACCAUGGCACAUUCGCCCACCACUUGUUGGGGAGACCUCCAUGAUACAGCCUAUGAAGGGAGUGUCAGCAACAGAUCAGGGACUGACGAUGAGAGCGCAAGCGAGCCUGGCGACUCUAGCUUGAGUCGGUCAGGCAUACCUUCAGUUCGGCGCACCAUUGCCUCGCCUCGGUUGCCGGACUGGUACUCCACACGCCAUGAGCCGUCCGACUAUUUAUGUCGAGCGGCGCGAGAGGACGAUGACUUUGCUCACCUCGUACCACCUGAUUUAAGUGCGCUGGCACCCUUGGGGCCAGAGCAGACACAGAUGGGAGACACCUACGGAGAUAGGAUUAGUGUUAUCCUUGACUCGAUGGGAGGCAUACUAGCUUACCACUGGCUCCCGAAUAAUGAUCACACCGCUAAUAUUGACAACGGCCCCGAGAUCAGAUUACCGGUGGCUUAUCGCACAUCACCCACUCAGUGCCGGAGUAUCGCACUCGCGUGGUCUCCGAACCCAAUGGGUGCGACUGCUGUGAUAAUGCAUCGCACUUUGGCACGCCUCUGGCUCGACCGCAUUCUGAAUGAGUACUUGCCCAUCCCAGUGGAUGCCAUUGGCGCAGGGGACACUGGGACAGUGAGAUUUCAGUGUGCACAGCAUGACGAUGCCGUGGAAGUCACUGACCAUUACAUGGGCAUCUUCGCUCAUUUCGACAAUGAAGGCCUCAUGCACCCACAUUACGACAUCGCGCGCACAUACAUACGUCGAGUCCGCUGGGCGCUCGCACCCACCUUUGGGCUUGAAGACCUGGAGGGCGAGCUCGCGACACUCUUUCAUGACGAUGAUGAUGUUGAUGAUGGUGAUGGUGUUAUGCUCAGUGCUGUGCAGCUCCCGCGUAAUGAUGGAGCCUCGUUGCCAGCAGUACAGCGCAACGCCGCUUCACCGCGCGACUUCAACCGCAUCAUCCCAGAGCUGGCCGUCGUGGUCGUGCAUGUCAACGGGCACCCCGCGCGCGUGUUGCUUGACUCGGGAUCUCUUGCUGAUUUCAUGUCUGCAAAGUUAGCGCAUCAGCUUGGGGUCAAGGUGUUCGAGCUUGAGAAGCCGUUACCUGUCCACCUUGCAGUGCAGGGGUCCCGCGCGAAGAUUAACCUUGGGUGUACGGCUGUGAUAGCCUAUCAGUCAAUCAAGGAGACAUGGUAUUUUGAUAUUAUCAACUUACUGAAUUAUGAUGUUAUCCUCGGCACGCCCUUCUGGUUCCAACAUCAGCUUUCUGUAGGGUUGAAUCCCACGUCGGUUGUAGUCGGGAGUCCUCUUGCGCUCGCACUUGAGGGGAAGCGCCUGCACGUCCUCGAGUCUCGCGCGGCGGCCAUCUUUGCACUAACGAUCGAGGCAGCGCGCAAAUUUCUGCAUGACUAUGCCGACCCCAUCUGCAGAGACGCGAGUGACGCACCUCUCCCACCACUUCACGAGAUCAAUCACUCGGUCCCGCUAAAAGAUGUCAAUAAAGUUUACCCGUGGCGUCCGAGCAAGUGCCCGGACGCUCUGCGCCUUGCAUGGGUUGAGAAGCGGGAUGCUUACCUUAAAUCCGGUCGCUGGAGGAUGACCAGCGCAUGGAACACAUGCCCUAUGCUCUUGCUGACAAAGGCAGGCACAGGCGUGAAGGGAGUUCCACCUUGGCUCCGCGUCACGGUGGACCUGCGCGCACGGAACGAGAACUCUGUCAAGCUCACGUCCCCACUACCGGAUAUGGCGUCAAUAUUGCGCCGCGUCGCGCGCAAGCCGUAUUGCACCUUGAUUGAUGGGAAGGAUGCUUAUGAGCACAUCCGCAUCAUACCAGACCAUGUGGAUCGAACUGCCAUGGCCACACCUGAUUGCAGCAUGGUCAGCUUGGUCCUGCAACAGGGAGAUUGCAAUGCUGUGGCAACCUACCAGUCUCUCAUGAACCACUUGUUCGGACCUUACAUUUCCGUCUUCAUGGAUGUGUAUCUGGAUGAUAUCGUUGUCUACUCAGAUAGGCUGCAGGAUCACGUCAAUCACUGCAGGACUGUCAUUGACAUUUUGCAGCGUGAGAAGCUUUAUCUCAGUGCUACAAAACUGCAUUUUUUAUGUGCAGAAAUGAAGAUCCUCGGUCGUAUUGUGGACGACGAUGGCAUCCACAUGGACCCCGAUAAGGUGGACUUGGUGCUCACCUGGAAGGCCCCCACCACCAAGGAACUUGUGCGGGGUUUUCUUGGCUCCGUUGGCUAUCUCGCUGACGACAUCGCAACGAUUCGUAUUCCUAUGGGGAUCCUCUCAUCACUGACAGCAUCCGAUGCAAGUUUCAAGUGGGACUAUACUCACCAACGGGCAUUCGACAAGAUUAAACACUUGCUCUCGAGGCACCGCGUGCAUAGUCGCAUGCCCCUCGAUUACUCGCCGAGUGCGGCCCCGAUCUGGCUCGUCACCGAUGGCUCACAUGGUGGCGUCGCAGGUGUUGUUGCGCAAGGGAACAGUUGGCGGGAUGGCUGCAUCGCCGCCUUCUUCUCCGCGAAGUUAAGUUCGGCACAGGCGAAUUAUCCUGUGCAUGAGAUUGAAAUGCUGGCAGGCGUGGAGUUGAUGCGCCGCCACCGCGAUAUCUUGCUCGGGUGUCAUUUCACUUGGGUAACGGAUCACAAAGGGUUAACUCACCUUCUGACACAGAAGAACCUGUCAGGCCGACAGGCCCACUGGUUAGAACUCAUCUCCGAGUUCGACUUUGAGAUCCAGUAUGUACCCGGCAUCGAGAACGUCCUCGCGGACGCUCUCUCGCGCAUUUAUGCGCAUGACGCGCCGGGCACCAUUUGCGCCGAGUCCGAAUAUACGGAACACGAUGAUGGCGAUGAUUUUGGUCUACGCCUCGCGGCACACGCCAUCUCGGUCCCCGUCCUUGUGGGCCACGAGGCCUCCAGGAUGCACACAGGAACUGCUCCUGUCCCCGCGCCGCAGAAUCACUCUGUGGGUACCACCCUAAUGCGGGCCGACGCUGUGACUGUGGCAGAAAAUAGCCUCACGCCAGCCGUGACUGAAGGCGAGCGCAAACGAUGCCGACUGCAUUGA